GUAUCAACAUGGUUGAAUGACACAUCUUUUGAUAAUCGCGUAUUUAUUAUUUCUGGUCAGGCUGGAAUGGGUAAGUCCACUAUCGCCGCGGUUGCAUGUAAACGUUUCCCAGAACAUUUUGCAGCUUGUCAUUUUGUCGAGCAUAAUAAUAGUAGGUACAACAAUCCAAAGUUUCUUCUCCAGUCUUUGGCAUGGCAAUUGUGCAAUGUCUUUCCAGAAUAUAAAAAAAACCUUACCAGCAAAUUAUCUGGUCAGGAAGGGAAAAUGUUGGACGAUAUGAAUAUAAAAGGGCUAUUUUCAGUGCUCCUUGAAGAACCAUUUGCAAAUAUUCCCGAUCCAGGUAGGCAUAUUCUAAUCGUAAUAGAUGCGCUAGAUGAAAGCCAGCAAAAGGAAAGAUACGAGUUUGUUAAUUUGAUUACCAACCACUUUCACAAAUUUCCCAGAUUUAUUCGAUUUUUAAUCACAUCAAGAUCAGAGAAAGAUAUUGCCCUAAAAUUUCAAGGAUUAAAUCCAAUGUUUCUGAAGCCAGAUGAUGAAAGGAAUUUAAACGAUCUUCGACUUUUUUUUAAGGAUAAAUUAAAAACUACAGUUGAUCACGCUUCUAGAGAAGAGCUUGUGAAAACUUUAGUUGACAAAUCUGAAGGUCUCAUGCUCUAUGCAUCUUUUGUUUGUAAACUUCCUGACGACAACUUUAUCAAAUCAAAUAUUGAGAACUUACCUAGAGGUAUUGAGAAAAUCUACGAAUCAUAUUUCGAUCGCUUGGAGAAAGAACUUAAAAUUUUGGGCAUUGAGAGGAAACUUUUUUAUCAUUAUUAA